UAAAACACUUGACACUACAAUCUCCACUCUUCUCCUCAAAAAUUUCCCCCAAAUCCACACAAAACCCUAAUUCUCCCUCUGCUUCAAUUUCCCAUCUCCCAUGGCGAUUUCGUCUCCCGCCGCUACUUCCUCUUCUUCGAGACUCCUCUAUUCCUACGCUUCUCCAUCUUCUUCCUCCCCUGCUCCCGCCAUUUCCACCUCCUGUAAACCAAAAUCCCUUACCCUCUCCUCCUCCUUCCUCCCUUCAAUCACAUCCCUCUCCGUCACCACCUCCUCUCCCACUCACCGUCUCCGUCGCGCGUUCACCGUACGCGCCGCCAGAGGAAAAUUCGAGCGGAAGAAGCCUCACGUCAACAUCGGCACAAUCGGCCACGUCGACCAUGGGAAAACCACUUUAACCGCCGCUCUAACCAUGGCCUUAGCUUCAAUCGGAAGCAGCGUCGCGAAGAAGUACGACGAGAUCGACGCGGCUCCGGAGGAGAGAGCUCGCGGGAUCACAAUCAACACCGCGACGGUCGAGUACGAGACGGAGAAUCGCCAUUACGCUCACGUCGAUUGUCCUGGACACGCCGAUUACGUUAAGAACAUGAUCACCGGAGCUGCUCAGAUGGACGGAGCUAUCCUCGUCGUUUCCGGCGCCGAUGGUCCUAUGCCUCAGACGAAAGAGCAUAUUCUUCUGGCGAAGCAGGUCGGUGUUCCCGAUAUGGUCGUCUUCUUGAACAAAGAGGAUCAAGUCGAUGACGCAGAGCUUCUAGAGCUCGUUGAGCUCGAGGUUCGUGAGCUUCUCUCUUCCUACGAAUUCAACGGUGAUGAUAUCCCGAUUAUCUCUGGCUCUGCUUUGUUAGCUGUUGAAACUCUCACUGCGAAUCCGAAUGUGAAGAGAGGUGAGAACAAAUGGGUUGAUAAAAUCUACGAUCUGAUGGAUUCCGUUGAUAGUUACAUUCCGAUUCCGACGAGGCAGACGGAUUUGCCGUUCUUGCUAGCUGUUGAAGACGUGUUCUCGAUCACGGGCCGUGGCACUGUAGCCACCGGCCGUGUCGAGAGAGGUACAGUGAAAGUAGGAGAGACAGUAGACUUGGUUGGAUUGAGAGAGACGAGGAACUACACAGUUACAGGAGUUGAAAUGUUUCAGAAGAUUCUUGAUGAAGCAAUGGCUGGAGAUAACGUUGGAUUGUUGCUUAGAGGUAUACAAAAGGCUGAUAUUCAAAGAGGUAUGGUUUUAGCUAAGCCUGGAUCGAUCACUCCUCAUACAAAGUUUGAAGCGAUUGUGUAUGUGUUGAAGAAAGAAGAAGGUGGAAGACACUCGCCGUUUUUCGCUGGUUAUAGACCUCAGUUUUACAUGAGGACGACGGAUGUUACUGGUAAAGUGACUAAGAUUAUGAAUGAUAAAGAUGAGGAAUCGAAGAUGGUUAUGCCUGGUGAUAGGGUUAAGAUCGUUGUGGAGCUUAUUGUGCCUGUUGCUUGUGAACAAGGGAUGAGGUUUGCUAUUAGAGAAGGAGGCAAGACUGUUGGUGCAGGAGUGAUUCAGGCCAUUAUCGAAUGAGAGGAAUUAAAGCUUGUUCUUGUUUCUUUUGUGUAUUUUUUUUUUUUUGAAGGGUCUGCAAUUAGUUUUCUGUUUCAUAUUUUUCGCCAUUCUUAUGAGAACUCAGAAUCAAAAAUGUCAUAUAUUUAUCCGGUUUCAAUCUGAAUUUAAGCUCUCACAGUUUA